ACCGACAAGAUGGCGGCGGGUGGGAGCGGCGGGCGCGCGUCGUGCCCGCCGGGGGUCGGCCCGGGCGCGGGGGGCGGCCCCGGGCCCAGCGCCAACGCCGCCCCCGCCCCCGGCAACGCGGCCGCCGCCGCCGCCGCCGCCGCCGCCGCCGCCGCCGCCGUCGUCCCGGCCCCCGCCGCCCCGGGGCCGCCCCCCGCGCCCGGGCCGGGACCGGGGCCGGGGCCGGGGCCGGGGCCGGGGCCGGGCGCGCAGGCCGCGGCGGGCGGGGAGCGGGCGGCCGAGGAGCCGGGGGCGGCGGCGCUGCUGCGCGAGCCCGCGUACAACUGGCAGGCCACCAAGCCCACGCUGAAGGAGCGCUUCGCCUUCCUCUUCAACAACGAGGUGCUCUGCGACGUGCACUUCCUGGUGGGCAAGGGGCUCGGCGCGCAGCGCAUCCCGGCGCACAGGUUCGUGCUGGCCGUGGGCAGCGCCGUCUUCGACGCCAUGUUCAACGGCGGCAUGGCCACCACGUCCACCGAGAUCGAGCUGCCCGACGUGGAGCCCGCCGCCUUCCUGGCGCUGCUCAAGUUUCUGUACUCGGAUGAGGUUCAGAUCGGACCCGAGACGGUCAUGACCACGCUGUACACGGCCAAGAAGUACGCGGUGCCCGCGCUCGAGGCCCACUGCGUGGAGUUCCUCAAGAAGAACCUGCGGGCGGACAACGCGUUCAUGCUGCUGACGCAGGCGCGACUCUUCGACGAGCCACAGCUGGCCAGCCUGUGCCUGGAGAACAUCGACAAGCACACGGCGGACGCCAUCACCGCAGAGGGCUUCACCGACAUCGACCUGGACACGCUGGUGGCCGUGCUGGAGCGGGACACCCUGGGCAUCCGGGAGGUGCGCCUGUUCAGCGCCGUGGUCCGCUGGUCCGAGGCCGAGUGCCAGCGGCAGCAGCUGCCCGUGACGCCCGAGAACAAGCGCGAGGUGCUGGGCAAGGCCCUGGCGCUCAUCCGCUUUCCGCUCAUGACCAUUGAGGAGUUCGCCGCAGGGCCCGCGCAGUCAGGCAUCCUCGUGGAUCGCGAGGUGGUCAGCCUCUUCCUGCACUUCACCGUCAACCCCAAGCCGCGCGUGGACUUCAUCGACCGGCCGCGCUGCUGCCUCCGCGGGAAGGAGUGCAGCAUCAACCGCUUCCAGCAGGUGGAGAGCCGCUGGGGCUACAGCGGGACGAGCGACCGCAUCAGGUUCUCGGUCAACAAGCGCAUCUUCGUGGUUGGCUUUGGGCUCUACGGCUCCAUCCACGGGCCCACGGAUUACCAAGUGAACAUCCAGAUCAUCCACACGGACAGCAACACUGUCCUGGGCCAGAACGACACGGGCUUCAGCUGUGACGGCUCCGCCAGCACCUUCCGAGUCAUGUUCAAGGAGCCGGUGGAGGUGCUGCCCAACGUCAACUACACGGCCUGCGCCACGCUCAAGGGCCCCGACUCCCACUACGGCACCAAGGGCCUGCGCAAGGUGACCCACGAGUCCCCCACCACGGGGGCCAAGACGUGCUUCACUUUCUGCUACGCGGCCGGGAACAACAACGGCACGUCCGUGGAGGACGGCCAGAUCCCCGAGGUCAUCUUCUACACCUAGGCCCCCAGGCCCCCGAAGUCACCUGAGGCCAGCAGGCCGCCCCCCGUCCCAGGCCGUGCCCCCCGCGGCCCCCAUGCUGUGGGCGCGCUCCCUGCCACGUUUCUGGGCGUCGGGAGAGGGUCACUCCCUGAGGGGAGCCUGGCUGCCUGCUCCGAGGAGCUGGGCAGGAGCUGGCAGGCCCUCCUGCGGGUGUCGGGAGGCAGGGCCGGCCUGGACCCGCCCUGAGCGGAGGGGCUGCGGGGUCCUGGGGCGUGGGAGCCCUGCACGCUGUCCCUGCAGCUCGGGGCUGCCUGACCGACGUCCUUCCCACGGGCUUCGGCCAGGACCCUGUCUCAUGUUUGUUCUGUCCCCGCCCCCCCCCCGCACACGGCAAUGCAUUCUGGGUUCCCAUGCCUCGCGUGGGAGGCGUUCAGCAGGGGCGCCCCUAGUGCAUCGGCUUGGGGUCUCGUGUUCUGGUCUGGUCACGGGAUGCUCAGGCCACCCCGACCCCGGGCCCCAGCACACUGGCCUUGGUCCCCCCUUGAGGUCCUGCGGGCUGGCGCUCUGCCAGGCCCACCGCAGCCGUCCCGCCCCUGUAGCCACGGGCACAGACCACAGGCCCCGUCUGCCCGGGUGAUGCCGUGAGUCUGCCGUGGCGGCCAGGUCCCCGGCUGGCCCACCCCCCACCCUGUACAUAACGCAGCCCUGCCCCUCCUGCAGCCACCUCCGAGCAAACACCCUGCCCAGAGGUGCGGCAGGGCGGGGGGGGGGGGGGGGGGCGGAGCCCCGCCCCCAAACCCUGCUGCACCCCCACCACGUGUUCCCGCCCCGUGAUUCCUUCUGGAAACUGUCUUCCCCAAAGCCAUGGAAGGUGUGCCCUCCUCACACCGUACCCCCACAUGAUUUUUUUAAAUAAAGGAAAGAAACGUAAUGGC